AUGGAUGCAAGAGACUUAAUUGAAAACCUCAAGGCAGAUCUGACUUGCUCUAUCUGCCUGGGCUACUUCACUGAUCCAGUGAUUGUCAAAUGUGGCCAUAACUUUUGCAGAGUCUGUCUUCUCAGGUGCAGAGAAGAAGCAGAUGCAGCAUUCAAGUGCCCAGAAUGCAGAGGAGUCAUUGAAGACAGUGAUGUGGUGCCUAAUAGGAAGUUGGAGAAUCUGUCUAUGACUGGCAAAAGGCUCAGACCUCAUCUGCUUCAGAGCAUCACUCUGGCCCUCUGUGAUCAGCAUGGGGAAAAAGAGAAGUUCUUCUGUGAAGAGGACCAGAGGCUCCUCUGUGCUUCCUGUGUAUUAUCCCCAGGGCACAAGGAUCACACAGUGCUUCCCCUGGAAAUGGCUGCUGGCAAGUGGGAGGACAAGAUCAAGCACACCCUGAAUACCUUACAACGAAAAAAAGAAGAAUUUAAUGUUGCAUUGGACAGAGUGACAAAGAGAAAGAGACUCUGUAAGAAGGCUAUACGCUCUUUAAAAGAAUCUGUUAUUUCAGAAUACAGGAAACUACAUGACUUCUUAUGGGAGGAAGAAGAGCUCUAUCUAGAAACACUGGACCAGCAAUAUAAAAACAACUUGGAAAAGCUGGAGCACAACACAGCAAAACUGUCACAACAAAUUCAAAAUCUGGAAAGAAUGAAAAUAGAACUAGAGGAGAAUUUGGACAAGGAGCCCUUGGAAAUGCUCCAGGAUAUGAAGGACACUUUGGCAAGGAAUGAGGAGCUGCUCCUUCAAGAACCAGAGGUUGCUUCCCUUGCCUGGAACACCAGCCCCAUCACUGGCUCGACCAAGAUGCUCAAGAGAUUCCAGAGUGAUAUAAGUCUUGAUCCUGAAUCAGCCAAUCCACAUCUCAUCCUGUCUGAAGAUCUGAAGAGUUUCAAGUAUGGAGAUGUCCCACAGGACCUUCCUGACAACAAGGAAAGAUUUGAUAAUGCUCUUGCUGUACUGGGGGCCCAGACCUUUACUUCAGGCAAACACUAUUGGGAAGUAAAGGUAGGAGAUAAGAUAGAGUUGGUAGUGGGAGUCUGUAAAGAUUCAGUCAGGAGAAAAGGGCAACUCUCCUCAUCAUCUGAAGAUGUAUGGAUCCUAUACAGGCAGGGAACGUAUGGAACAUUCAAGUGCCCAGAAUGCAGAGGACUUGUAAAAGACAGUGAUGUGGUGCCUAAUAGGAAGUUGGAGAAUCUGUCUAUGACUGGCAAAAGGCUCAGACCUCAUCUGCUUGAGAGCAUGGUGGACCUGUAUGUGUGUGAUCAUCAUGGGGAAAAAGAGAAUCUCUUCUGUGAAGAGGACCAGAGGCUCCUCUGUGCUUCCUGUUUAUUAGCCCCAGGGCACAAGGAUCACACAGUCCUUCCCCUGGAAAUGGCUUCUGACAAGUUCAAGGACAAGAUCAAGCACACCCUGAGUAUUAUACAAUGA